AACGGUCAUAUUCAAUCCCAUGUUAUUGAGUGUUUUUCUUUUUUCUUUUUUAUUCGCAGACCUUGCGUUGUUAUGCCAGUUGUUGUCGAGUAUCUAGUUUGAUUUUAGUUCCGUAUCUUCAAUGGCGGAUCUUCUCCGCCUUCCGAAGCUCAAAUAAAAUUUCCCGCGCAAAUCUCUCAGUAUAUUUUUUCUCCUGCGCCGCCCACCCUUUCCUCUAACCAUUUGCUUCUGUUUUAUCCUGAAUCCUUGACCACCCCAGGAUUCAAGUCAUUUCCACCACAAUUUCGGCAAAAUGAAAAAAGAACCACAGGAAAUCGCCGGCUACACAGUCCUCCCGAUCCAACUCCCCGAAACCCCAUCUGCAAAACCUGCCACGCAUUACCUCUACCUCCGCCCUCAUGAGCCACGAAUCCCCGACCCCGACACCCCUCGCUCCCUCUUCGUGGUCAACGUCCCCGUAGACACGACCGAGCUGCACCUGCGCCACCUCUUCGGCACCCAGCUCUCCGCCGGCCGCGUGGAACGGGUGGAAUUCGAAGCCGUCCCGACGAAGAAGACCGCAGGCAGCAUGCAGGUCGCCACGCAGGGGAACAUGUCGAAGAACAAGAAACGCAAGCGCGUCACGGCGGACGAACUCCAGAACCAGCUCGACGACAUCGAGCUGCCCUCGACGUGGGACCGACAGCUGCAGAAGAGCGGGGCGCACGCCAUCGUCGUCUUCGCCGACAAGCCGAGCAUGGACGCCAGCGUGAAGGCGGCCAAGAAGGCGUCGAAGAACCGCAAGAAGGAGGGCGCCGUGGUCGUCUGGGCCGACGGCAUCGAGGACCGGUUGCCCGCGCUGGGUCUCCCCCGGUACCUGCACCACGAGGAGGCGCGGUUCCCGCCCCGGGCGGAGCUGCUGCGCACGGUGAACGAUUUCAUGACGGUGUUUGAGCAGGUGGCGGAGGUGAGGAAGCGCGAGGAGGCGCGCGCGGCGCAGGAGCCCGACGAGGAUGGGUUCAUCACCGUCACCAGCGGGCCGAAGCUCACGUCGACGGCGCACGAGGAGGAGGCGAAGGCGCUGGUGGAGAAGCAGAAGCAGAAGAACCAGGGUCUGGAGGAUUUCUACCGGUUCCAGUCGCGCGCGAAGAGAAAGGAACGACAGCACCGACUCCUCAAGCAGUUCGACGAGGACAAGAAGAAACUGGACGAUUUGAAGAAGCGCAAGGGGAAGAUCAGGCCGGAGUAAUGCGGUCUCUCAUGUCAGCAUCGAUUCGUUUAGCAAGGCGUUUUAGGGAUUUAAACC